AUGUCGCAACAUAACCAAUUUGCGCCGCCGCCUAUGUCGGCCCCCGCGCAUGUCACAACAUUUCAACAAUCUCAGCAAUACUCCGGUUAUGCACCUCCAAACUUCAGCUAUCCACCACCCCCAAAACAAGGAACUCCUUCAAAUGGAGGAUAUCCACCACCACCGUCUUCUAUCAGUCCGCCGAGCGGCCAAGCAGGAAUCUCGCAGGCAUAUCCUCCCCCACCCUCAGGUACUCCUCCCACAAUUAGUCCACCAUCAAGUGACUUUCCUCCGCACAAUGGACUGGGCCGACUUUCUAUCUCAUCCCAGUCACAACCAAAGGGAAUGACAGAGAAGGUCCCCGGAGGCGCACCACCACCUGGGGAGUUCAUGGGAGCCAAAGCAACCUACGAGGACGAUGUUGGAACCUUCAACGGAGGAAGUUACAGGAUUAGCCACAGAGAUUCUAAUUCUCUGUUAACGUUGCAGCUUGCAAUGGGCUGUCCUCUUACUGCCAGGCCUGGCGUCAUGAUUGCAAUGUCUACUACUAUGACAUUGCGGGGUUCCAUUUCGAUCGGUUGGAAGAAGAUCAUUGCCGGUGGUGAGAUUUCAAUGUCUACUUACACUGGACCCGGCGAACUUCUACUUGCUCCCUCCGUCUUGGGUGAUCUUGUCGUUCUCCGUAUGGAUGGCACCCAGACGUGGAAGAUUGGAAGAGAUGCCUUUAUAGCUUGUACCAGUGGCGUGAAGCAUGAGUAUAAGGCACAAAGUCUCUCCAAAGCCAUCUUCUCGGGUGAAGGUCUUUUCAUUUACAAGAUCGAAGGAACCGGUCUUUUGUGGAUGCAGAGUUUCGGAGCAAUCAUCAAGAAAGAUCUCGUGGAAGGAGAGAAGUACUACAUCGACAAUGGCCACCUCGUUGCAUGGAACUGCAAAUACAAGCUCGAGCGUGUCGCUUCCGGCGGUAUCAUCUCUGGUUAUGGUACUGGUGAAGGUCUUGCUUGCAAGUUCGAAGGUCCAGGAACUGUUUAUCUACAGACAAGAAACUUGCACGCCUUUGCUGCCCAGAUGAAGAUGAGUACUGCCAGCGGCUGA